GCCCGCACCCGGCCCGCCGCCGCCAUGGAGCCCGCCACGCCCCGCCGCCGCCACACCCGGCAGCGCGGCUACCUGCUGACCCGGGACCCGCACCUCAACAAGGACCUGGCCUUCACGCUGGAGGAGAGGCAGCAGCUGAACAUCCACGGGCUCCUGCCCCCCUGCUUCGCCUCGCCCGAGAUCCAGGUCCUGAGGGUGGUGAAGAGCUUCGAGCGCCUCGGCUCCGACUUCGACAGGUAUCUGCUCCUGAUGGAUCUUCAAGACCGAAACGAGAAGCUCUUCUACAGGGUGCUGCUGUCGGACAUCGAGACGUUCAUGCCCAUCGUGUACACGCCCACCGUGGGGCUCGCUUGCCAGCAGUACAGCCUGGCGUUCCGGAAGCCAAGAGGCCUCUUCAUCAGCAUCCACGACCGAGGCCACAUCGCUUCCGUUCUGAACGCGUGGCCGGAAGACGUCAUCAAGGCCGUGGUGGUGACGGACGGAGAGCGCAUCCUGGGCCUGGGCGACCUGGGCUGCAACGGCAUGGGCAUUCCCGUGGGCAAGCUGGCCCUGUACACGGCCUGCGGCGGCGUGGACCCGCAGCAGUGCCUGCCCGUGCUGCUGGACGUGGGCACGCAGAACGAGGCCUUACUUAACGACCCGCUGUACAUCGGGCUACGGCAGAAGCGCGUGCGCGGUGCAGACUACGACAGCUUCCUGGACGAGUUCAUGGAGGCCGUUUCCUCCAGAUAUGGCAUGAAUUGCCUUAUUCAGUUUGAAGAUUUUGCCAAUAUGAAUGCAUUCCGUCUUCUGAACAAGUAUCGAAACCGGUAUUGCACAUUUAAUGAUGACAUUCAAGGAACGGCAUCCGUUGCAGUGGCUGGUCUCCUUGCUGCUCUCCGAAUAACCAAGAACAAGCUAGCCGACCAGACGAUACUGUUCCAAGGCGCUGGAGAGGCUGCCCUGGGCAUUGCUCACCUGAUCGUAAUGGCCAUGGAGAAGGAAGGUUUGCCAAAGGAGAAAGCGAUCAGAAAGAUAUGGCUGGUUGACUCAAAAGGAUUAAUAGUGAAGGGCCGUGCUUCCUUAACCCCGGAGAAGGAGCAGUUUGCCCACACGCACGAGGAGAUGAAGAGCUUGGAGGCCAUCGUGCAGGAGGUGAAGCCGACCGCGCUCAUAGGCGUGGCCGCCAUUGGCGGAGCCUUCUCCGAGCAGAUUCUCAAGGACAUGGCGGCCUUCAACCAGCGCCCUAUCAUCUUCGCCCUGAGUAACCCCACCAGCAAGGCCGAGUGCUCCGCGGAGCAGUGCUACAAGCACACGCAGGGCCGCGCGAUCUUCGCCAGCGGCAGCCCUUUCGACCCGGUCACCCUCCCGAGCGGACGGACGCUGUUCCCCGGCCAAGGCAACAACGCGUACGUGUUCCCCGGCGUGGCGCUGGGCGUGCUGGCCUGCGGGCUGCGGCACAUCACCGACAAGGUCUUCCUCUCCACCGCCGAGGUCAUAUCGCAGCAGGUGUCAGACGAGCACCUGGAGGAGGGCCGGCUCUACCCCCCGCUCAGCACCAUCCGCGACGUGUCCCUCAAGAUCGCCGUGAAGAUUGUGAAGGACGCCUACCAGGAGGAGGCGGCCACGGUGCUCCCCGAGCCGCAGGACAAGGAGGCGUUCGUCCGCGCCCACAUGUACUCCACCGACUACGACCAGAUCCUCCCCGACUGCUACCCCUGGCCCGCCGAGGCCCGGAGGAUCCAGACCCGGGCGGAGCACUAGGCCCGUGCCCCGCACACCCGCCCGGCACGCCCGCCGCCCCGCACGCCCGCCGCCCGCCCGGCACGCGCCUCCACACCAGUCCCUCCUGAUUCCCAGAGGUUGGAAUCUUUCCCGAUGAUUCGCGGUAUGCUUAGAAUCAGGCCAUUUUCCUUUGAAAAUCUAAAACUCACCCGAAGAUCAUCAAGAUAAAUUAAGACCAACUUCACACUGGAUGAUUUUACUUGAUUUGCCUUCUGGUAAUGUAUGGUUUCUAUCUUGUUUUACCGCAAUUCUCUUCAAACCGUAAUUGUUCUUACUACUGAGAAACUCAUCCUUUUUGUAUAGAAAACUUAAUGGGAAGACCAAAACUAGAAAUAGAGAUGAUCAGCAUGAAACCCUACAACUCUUUCCUUGACCGUUUUGUUAAAAACCCACUUUCUAAAAGAAAUAAAAGGCAGAUGAAUUUAGGAAUAAAUGAACUUUUGCUAAACAGAAACAAGACUACUUUCUUACCUAGAGAAAAAAAGCCACUUCCCAGGUAUUUUUAUUCCAGUCCCCGAUUCGAUUCCAUUUGCUUUUCUAUUCUCUCCCUGAAUUCUAACGUUCCAAGCUGAGCGAGCCCCGUGCCGUUUACAGCCCCUUGCCCCGCCUUCCGUCUCCGCACCUUUCGUCCUCGGGGCACCUCGUGGUACUGGAUCCUCACUCCUGAAGAGCCGGGCUUCUCCUGACCCCGCGCCCUGCAGCCCGCCCUCCCCAUGGCUGCUCCCCGGUUCUGCGGGGCGGGCGGGAAGGAGAGGGGCGCUGGGGGAGGGCUGCCGCAGGGCCCUGUCUCCCCGAGGCUGGCCCUCAGACGGCCAAGAGCUGGGACUCCCGAGACCCUUGUGUGAGGGAGAAGGGCCACACUCCCCGGGCGUUUGGAUCACCGUAGACUCGUCGUCAUUCAACUCGCGGAGGCUCGGGGGCGAGCGAACAGCACACGACGCGUCUCUGUAGAAUGUUCUGGAGAAUUUCCCGGUUUUGAAGUCAUGUUUUACAGACUAUGAGAUGCUCAAGAUAAAUAAACUGUACUACACGGCGAUUUUCUUGCAAGGUAGAAGUAACAAGUGUAAAAGGUAACACCCACCUAGAGCUCUCUCCACUACAGUGGUCUAGAAAAGAUACACGAUACCUAUUUCUCAUCUGUUUCUAUGUUGUCAAAUAGCUCUUACUAAAUGUAUUUGCCUAUGCAAAAAUUCAUUAAAGCUUAGAAAA